CCAAUCGUAUUGCGGAGGGUUGAAGUAAUAACGUAGUUUUUCCAUGUGUAUAUUUUCCCCUCAGAAUAUUUUUUUCACACAGGAAACUCGAAACGUCGGUACAGCAGCUUCAGAGCGUCAUUGGAAAUCAGCGACAACCAGUUUCUUGUCACGACGUAAGACGCAGAUGGAUAUUGUGUUGAUACACCAACGCUGCAAUCUUAAGAGUUUUGAUCGCACAGAACCUUCAUAUCGGAAACUUACGGAAAAACUAAUGCUCACCGUCACGAUUGAUUACUAUCUUGGCUCAGGAAUUGGCGAAGCAUAAUGAGCAGCAUCCCUCACGAUUAUGAAAUGGAGGCCGGAUCAUCGGAGAUUCUAGCAGCUUGCGACGAGUCUGAAAUGUUGAUAGAGGCAGUAGAUAAUAUAGAAGAAGAGAACAGCAAUCAGGGUGAAAAAUAUUAUGUCAUAACUGAGGUGCAUGAAGAGCCAGUUAACCUGGUAGACGCUGCCGAGGGGAAGCAAUUUGAAGCUGCUAAUACAACAGAACAGAAUCAGUCUUGGAAUGAACUCUGCCGAGUAUGUGCCAAUUCCAGUGAUCAUUUAAUCCCAAUUUUUGAAGGAGAAGGCCUUGAACAUGACCUCAGUAGCAAGAUACACAGAUAUUUACCCAUUCAGGUUUCCAGAGAAGACAGUCUUCCUUCUCAUCUUUGCUAUCAUUGUGCUUCUACAUUAUUGGCGUGGCACGAAUUGACUGAGAGUUGUAUAGAUGCCGAGCAACGUCUUCUGAAAAUGAAAAAGGACUUGCAAGAAAAAGAACAGACUGUUACGUUGGAAGACUCAUUGAAUGAGAAAAGUGCUGCUCCACCAUCGGCAGAUUCAAAUCAAAUAACUAAAACACAAAUGCCAGCGGAGGGACUGAGGGUAAAAGGAGAAUCUAAUGAAGAGUCUAAAACCAAUGAUUCUGAAAGGUGUUUGCUGGACGAAGAGGAAAUCACAGCAGCAUCUCUUCUCAACACUAUUGACCAAUCUGUUGGCACGGAGGAACAAAUUAUGCAUGGGCAAACUGUAGAUGUUACAGUAAUGUAUAAAAAAGAGCAGGAUGAUGAAGAGAGUGAAAAGGACUCGUUCGUUUUAUCAAUACCACUGAUCAAACCAGACAAUCCUGAUGAAUAUGCGUAUGGAUGCCAUACUUGCAAUCUCUACAAUUUAAUGUUUUCCGAAUUUUCCGCCCAUGUGAGAAGUCACUCGUCCGAUAAUGGAGAGUGUGGAGAAGAAUAUGAAAGUCAAGAUGCACUGCACGCUGCAGUUGCUCAAUCUCUACAAUCUAGUAUGGAUAAUUUUGAUUGUCAGAUAUGCUACAGCAAAUACGAUUCGCAAGAAGAAUUGCUAGUACAUUUGGAAACCCAUACUGGGGAAGCUAAUUACAUUUGUUCCACUUGCGGCACUGGCUUUGCUGCUGAAGUAAGCCUUCAAGCUCACAUUACUCUUCGACAUACCUUUUACUGUCCAGACUGUGAAAUCCGGUUUGAUACAGAACUCUUACUCAGGAAUCAUAAUAAAGAGGUUCAUGUGCUUAAAAAAUCAAUAUCUUGCGAAACCUGUGACAAAGUGUUUCCCAACAAAUCUAGCCUGCGGCAUCACAUGAUCAGGCACAGUAAUGAGCAGCCUUAUGUUUGUAAAACUUGUAACCGAGCAUUUAAACGUACGUCCAGUUUAUACAUGCAUGAGAGAGCGGUUCAUCAAAAAAUUAAAGCAUUUGUAUGCGUUAUAUGCAAUAAGAAAUUUGCCUUGAAAACACAAAUGAAAACUCACAUGAGGGUGCAUACAGGAGAGAGACCCUACGGCUGUGACAUAUGCAAUCAAACAUUCAAAACUACAAGCCAGUUGCAACUGCAUAAAGAUGUUCAUUUCGAUAAUAGACCUUUUCCCUGUGAUUAUUGUGCCAAGAAAUUCCGCAGGAGGCCAAAUUUAAUUCUGCAUCUACGAACUCACACUGGGGAGAAACCUCAUCUUUGUGAUUUAUGCGGUCGUGGUUUUGCACAGCGUGGAGAUAUGAGAAAACAUAAAGCUACGCAUUUUAAACUGAAAACACCCUCUACUCCACACGGAUACUGUCAGUCUAGUGUGUCGUGAAGAUGAAAAGAUAUAGGUAUAAUCCAGGGAUUAACAAAUGGAGUUAUGAAAACAUAGUAUUAUUUUUAGAUACAUUUUUUUUAAAAUGAAUAACCUUAAGUAGUUCUCACUCAAGAAACCAUAAUCAUAUUGAUGAAUUAUACUUUCUCAAUUUAGAUCUACACUUCAUUAAAGAUUUCCAUGGGUACACCAUUUAAAUUUUCUGUGAGCUUCUUCUACUUACAGGUUCACGCAUUAUAUUCAAUUUCCUCGAUUGCCAUCACUCAGCGACUUUCGGAGGGCAUAUCAAGCUUUGCUACAAUAUUACCAAAAGGAGAUCAAACCCCUUGAACAAACGCUACCGAAGAAUGUAGAGAACAGUCAGUGGC